ACUAAAGCUGUGCACUGGGCUUGAACCACACACAGCUCGUCACUGGAGUAGAGACUUCACAGCUCUCACAGCAGCAGCAGGAGGAGGAGGAGGAGAAGGAGAAGAAGGAGGAGAUCAAGGAAGGAUUCUUAAACGUGGAUCUGGACCUUCAGCACUUUUAAAGCCCCGCGCGCGCUCUCUCCUCUGCCUCUCCAAGAGAUCCCUCAAGAUCCCUCAAGAUCCCAGGGCUUUAAACCCCUUCCAUUAAAACACUGCAGCUACAGUCGGUUUUAUUUGAAAGGUACGCUUCAAAGCUCAACUUUCUCCGUGAACAAGUGGACAUUUGGACUUUAUUAUUAUUAUUAUUAUUAUUAUUAUUAUUAUUAUUAUUAUUAUUAUUCAACUUUUCAGGACUUAUUCCCCAAAACAGUCGGGAUUCCUUAAACUUGCUGACUCGUCCUUGAGCUAUUUUCUGGGACUCGUAUAGACUUAGUGUAUAAACUGCGACUUUUAUAGAGAAGUUGGAUGCAAUCGUAUAUGUACGAGAAAGCGAUGGCACCCGAGACAAGAAACGGCGGAUCAUCAACAUUCAACAACAACAGCACUGGGACAAGCAAGAGGAAACUGCUGAUCGUCCUGGAUAUCAUCUGCCUCCUUUUAGCUGCCCUGCCUUUCCUGUUAAUUGAAACUAGCAUGAUCGAGCCGUAUCGUCGCGGGUUUUACUGCAGUGACCAGUCCAUCCGGUAUCCUUAUAAAAACGGAGACACCAUAAGCGAUGCCGUGCUCUCUCUCGCUGGCAUUCUUAUUGUCAUCGUCUCUAUCGUCAUUGGCGAGUGCUUUAGGAUCCAUUACCUGAAGCAGGGCUCACACUCGUUUGUGGGAAACCCAUACAUCUCUGCCCUUUACCGGCAGGUUGGCGUGUUCAUCUUUGGCUGUGCAGUCAGCCAGUCCUUCACAGACAUCGCCAAGGUGUCCGUGGGGCGCAUGAGGCCACACUUUCUGAACGUAUGCCAGCCAGACUACUCACAAAUCAACUGCUCUGCUGGCUACAUCACUGAUUAUGUGUGCAUGGGCAACUUCAGCAAGGUGCAGGAGGCGAGGAAAUCCUUCUUCUCUGGACACGCCUCAUUUUCAAUGUACACCAUGCUGUAUCUAGCUUUCUACCUACAGUCUCGGUUUACGUGGCGUGGAGCUCGUCUCCUGAGGCCGUUGGUCCAGUUCACUCUUCUGAUGAUGGCCUUCUACACCGGUCUGUCUCGUGUUUCAGACCAUAAGCACCAUCCCACUGAUGUGCUCGCUGGAUUUGUACAAGGAGCACUGGUAGCCUACUGCAUAGUCUUCUAUGUGUCGGACCUGUUUAAGCCCAAAGGCAAGACUGUCAAUCCUCCACCAUCACCAAUCAAGAAAGAACUCCUGCCCUCCGUUGACAUCAUAGACAGGAACAACCAUCACAAUAUGGUGUGAGAGGAGGAUAUGGGAUGAAGCAUCCCUCGAAUUCCAUCAUACCUUUGAAGAACCUGAAGAGCCACCUGUGAAUGAAGAGAAGCAGCAUUUUAGCUGCUGCUCUCUCUUUCUCUCAUUUGACAGUAGAAUGUAGGGGCAGGAGACAGAGACUUUUUUUUAAACUAUUGAGACUCUCUAUUUUUGUACUAUUACAAACCUUGCUGUUUCUUAUUUGAGCCCAAUUUACCGUAUAAAAACUAAACAAUCAUAAGAAACGUCAUUCACUUUGGGGAGUUUGUUCCCAAAGCAGCAGGGAUGAAGUGGGCCUGUAACUUACUUACAACCUGCAAUGCUCUAAAUGGAGUUAAAUGCAGAAAGUAAAGGGGCUACAUUAAUAAUGUUGCAGAAGGAAAGCAAAACAAGUGCUAACAAAUGAAUGGAUGCAUGGCAAAUGAAUGAAGAGUGUGACUGUGAGGCUGGUCACGUGACCUCUCUCUCUCUGAUCUCUCUCUCUUUCUUUUCCCCCUUUUCCUCUCUUGUCUCUGAGGCCUUUCACCAGUAUAAGACAACAAAUUCCUUAGUUAUAGGAAUGAUAUGUUAUUACCUGCAACAUUACUAGCACAGAUAUAUUAACAAUAUAAUGAAGAAUAACUUAUAGCACUAUAUCCAAUCAUUAUAAAUCGUCACCACUCGCUGUCUGGGCGGUGUAGCUCUGAGGACACUCGAUGAGGUAUAGUGUGUGGUAGACUGAAUAGCAGUGAACUCUUACGCGGUGGUAUGUGAGGGCUCUGCAGAAUCUAGCAGACGACACAUGCCAUUAUGAUACGCUGACACUCCUAAGCACUAGACCCGUCCCUGCUGUCCUAAGCUAUCCAAACAGAAGCCUAGCUCCAAGGGAUGUUGCAUUUUACUGGGAUUUUAGGGGGUGGGUUGUAGAUAACCGAUGGUAGUCAAGUUUUAGUAGUGAAAUAGUGAAUUCAAGAAGGCUACCCAGCUGAGAGAGCAUGGCAGAGCCGUGCUUCUGCAUCCAGUGGGUGUGAUUUGUGCUGGGAAGGGUGGGACAGGAUAGGAUGGGAUGGGGCGGGCAUAGCGAAUCCCAUUGAUUGCACUGGCUUGGCACAUUUCAUUUUGGAUAGGCGAACGAGUCUUUUCUGCUGGCUAGUAUGGAUUCUUCUCCCUUCCAAGCACAUAAUCACUCAAUCACUCAGUGCCAACUGUACCUAUAGCCAGGGAUGGUGUUAAUUCAAUUGCCUGCCAGAAGUCCCAUCCAACCCAACAAGUUCAAGGUGUGGGGUCCCACCACAAUCACUCAGUGCCGCAUUUUGUGUGUGUGUGAGUGUGUAUGAGUGAGAUUCUUUGUAUGUGUGUGUGUCUCACUGUGUUUCUGCACCUAGUCCUCGCCUCUGUGCAGAGGACUGUUACCAUGUGAAAAAAAUGGAAGAAAACUGUGGAUUUAUUUUUCUCUAAAUGCCUCUUUGGCCUUUUCUUAUAUAAAAUAAUGUCUACUGUUCUCACUAACACCUGUACAGUGCUGCCAGAUUAGUUUACAUACCAUAUAGAACAUCGACACGAUGCCACACAGCCUCCAACAUGUUGCACAUCCCUCACAUUGUCUAGUCCGUCCGUAUCAUUUCAGCAAACUUUUUUUCUUUUUCUUUUCCUUUCUUUUUUAAAAAUAUAUAAAUAAUGUAUAGAUCACUAAAAUUAACUAUGUAAAAUAUUAUUUCUGAACAUAUUUAGAUAUAUCCACUAUAAAUAAAAACAAAGUGUCAUGACCUGUGUUAUUUACAAAUUGCUGCUUCAAUAAGCAUUGACAGAUUUUUUUUUUGUAUUUAGCUUACUAAACUAUUGUAGAUUUGUCAUAUUAAGUUUUUUUUUAAAGAACCACACCUACAAAUGUAUCAAAAUUCACUAUUAGUAUUUUUGUAUUGUCUCAUUUUGUACAAAAGAAGUAAUAGCAUUUUUUUCUGCUAAAUGUACCUAGAUCUAAUA